UUAUGUGGUUUAAGGCGAUAUUUCUGCUCUUCCUCUGAAACAGGAAGAAGCAGAGACACUGCAAGAAGUGACCAGCUCCUCUCAUGAACACACACUCUGCUGUAGACAUGAUUUACUCUCUGAUUCUCUCUGGGAUUUUACUGCACAUCACAGAUGGAGCUGGAAUUCAGAGCAUGAAUAUUGCAGUGAUAUCUGGAGCACCUGGCAUUAUUCCAUGUCUCUAUGAUGAUACACAUAAAGAAAACCGAAAAUACUGGUGUCAGGGGUCACACUGGGUCUCUUGCAGUAUAUUGGCAUAUGCAAAUAAUACAGGAAAAUAUUCCCUUACUGAUUAUCCAGCCCAGAGUAUUUUUACAGUGCAAUGGAAGAAUCUGAAGACCUCAGACUCUGGAUAUUACUGGUGUGCUGUGGAGACUGGUGGCGAAAUAGACAACGGUUAUUAUUUGUAUCUGACGGUACAAUCAAACCCUGAUGUGUCUGUGGUGAACAGCAGUGUAUCUGGACAUGAAGGUGGUGAUAUCAGUGUUCAGUGUUUCUACAGUUCUGGAUAUAAGAGUAAACUCAAACAGUGGUGCAGAUAUAAAGAUCAGAGCUGUUACACAGUGGGGAGGACUAACACAUCCCAGAAUUCAUCAGUCCAGAUCAGUGAUGAUGGGAGAAGAUCCUUCACUGUGCUGAUGACUGGACUGAGACUCACUGAUUCUGGCUGGUACUACUGUUCUGCUGGAGAUCUGCAGGCUCCUGUUCACCUCACAGUCACUGAAUUCAAAAGAGCUACACCAUCUCACUCUAAAACAGACAUGUACGUGUAAAAAUUCUUCACCAUUUAAAAGAAUCAAUCAAAUAUUUGUUCUAGCCAAAAUAUUUUAAUGUGAUCCCUAAACAGCCAAGGGUUGUAAAAAGGCCAAAACUUUCAUUUUAUAUG